ACUGCUUUGUUUCGUAGGAACUUUUCAAAAGAGAAGAAAAACCAAGCAGAACAAGUAAAACGACACGCAAAAGUGUCUGGAUUUCAGCUUAAAAAUCAUCUAUUGAAUCUUAUGAACUGGAGAGUUUGCAAAGCGCUGUUCUUUAUUUUGCUCAUUUUUAUUGUACUCGAAACGUUUUCACAAAGACGACUUGAACUUACUGACUCGUUCGUCAAAAGACUGAGCACUUACAACCGUAAACGGUGUGUUGAUGUUACGAGACAAAUGAGAAAUGGAAUGUGGCGAAAACGUUCGAAUCUACAGCCCACAGAUGUGCUCCACAGACGAGAGCAGGACAUAAGGAUUAGAAAACUCAGAGGGUUGCCGGAAAUAUUACACAGAGAGGAUAAGAAGUGCGGAAAGAAUUUCCCAUUAAAGGCACCAAAUUUCGGCAUCCCAGUUCCUUCUCUGUGUGACCCUGAAGGCACGGAUCCCUGUUGUAAUCAUAAUCUUGCGAGGUGUGGAUCAGCAAAAGAAGAUUGUCAGUGCACAUCAUGCACGGAUUUUAGAAAUAUAGUUUCUGCGGAGCUACACGAAUUCGUUCCUUCUUCUGGCUGCGAGUUUCAAAACUUCAGCAGUGCUAAAACAUGUCAGUUGUUAUCCGAAAGAGUCUCCAGCUUGUCGUUAAUCGGUGAUUCGCUGGUGCGACAUUUACAUAAUGCGCUGAUGAUUUUAUUCACAGACGACAAGGUAUAUGGUAGCCUUGUAAAAGACGUCGACGAACACCAAAGAGAUUUUUGUUCAGGCGACAUGCAAUUCGUAGACGCAGGUAAAACGGGAUGUCACGGAAAAACUGCCCACAACGCUUCCCAACUUCCUGAAGGGAAAGUUUGCCAAGGACAAUCUACCUUCGAGUAUUCUUUAUAUCAAUUUUAUAGCAUGGAAUAUGCCAAGUUGGCACUGCAAAAGGUUCGGGGAAAACUUAACGCGACAAACUCAGUCAUCGCUAUUGGAGUAGGACUCCAUAUGGGUCUGAAUGCUGAUAAAGUGUUUAAUGGCUACCUAAAACCAAUCCUUCAACUUAAGCAUCAAGCAGCAAGCCAAUGGCCGCUUAUUAUAUGGCUCACAACGCACGCACAUGGCAGCAUUAAACCAAUUCCGUAUAUUGAAUCCCAAGGUAAUGAUAAAAUCAUUCGUUACAACCAAGAAAUGAGGCGGUUUCUAGAACCUUUUGAAGUUCCAGUGUUUGACACAUUCAAUCUAACUGUUGGGGUGCAUAGCUAUGAUGGAACACAUUACGGCUUUGGAGUAAACAUGAUGAAGGCACAAUUAUUUCUGAAUUUUUUGGACGAGACCUUUCCUCACAAAAGGCGUUUGAGCGCAUAACGUAUUUUCCAGUGGGAGUCAAAGAAGCGUUCAAGUACUAGAGAGUAUCUCUAAAGUUCUCUUGUCAGCAAGAUAUGGCAAGUUGCUAAGCAAUGAUUCGUCGAAAACUGUGGGCUCAGUCUUUAUCAAACACCACAAGCCAUCAUCAUGUGGUCCUGUGUUUAGCGGGUCAAAUCCUGAUCACGCCCAUUCGCAUUCAAACAUGUCAGUGACCCAACUAACAUCUCAUAUUGAAUUUUUCAUCAUAUAACAUAACUCUAUAUCAGUUGAGGAAACAUUGUGUAAUUUGUUGCUCUUUUUAAUAUGGCUUUAUUGUACUCGUACUUACUACAAAUUCCCAAUUUCCCAAGAGUUCUUACCGCGCUAAGUCAUUCUGUAUCUUGUAUUUCAUCAUACAGACGAGGAUACGCUUUGCGGUCUAUA